AUGGAGGUUCUGUUGCUGGGAUGGGGGGACUUGAGAUCUGGUUGCCAGCUCUCCGCUUUUGAUGGUGUGCAAUUGCCACCAGCAUUAACCAUCGAGACCACGGACGUGACCUUGGAUGCCUUGUUAUCAGUGGAGAUGCAGGGCACAAAUGUAGAAAGAGUAGUGUUCUUCCAUGUCUGUCACAUCUGGCAACUGAUCUCCUAUCUGUCUCCUGACUUAGCCAUGGUGAUCCACACAACAGUCACAUUCAGAUUAGUCUACUCACUCUUCAAGCGAGUAGAAACCUUAACUGGAACCCUGGAAGUACAGAUGGGAAAUCAUCAGAUGAUAGCAUUCUUGAAUCAAGAUGUUUCGCUUCCAUGCAAUAUAAAUGGGCACAAUAAUCGUGAACUGGAUAUCAAGAAAAUGGCUGUUACCUGGUAUCUGAGAAUUCUUGGAGAGAAAACAGACAAAGUAUUGUACUCAGUUGUUUCUGGAGAGCAUAAUUCACAUCGGCGUGGCUUACAAAUGAAUGAAAGUAAGCUAAAAAGAGGAAAUUGUGAACUUUUUAUUCCACACAUACAGCUUAAUGAAGAAGGAACAUAUGUUUGUUCUGUGAUUGUUACCCCAGAUAGAGCUGAAGGAACAAAAAUUAUAACAAUAUUUGCUCAACCUACUGUCAUCCUGACUCCCACGGAAGUUACUAUAGAAAGAGACAGGGAGAUGACGCUGUCAUGUAUAGUACAUAAAUUCUACCCUGAUUUGAUUAACAUUUUCUGGCAAAAAUAUUCCAAGAAAACCUUAGAUAAAAAAGAAUGUGUUGAAAAUAUUUGCACAGGGUCAUCUGAAAAAAAUGGAGAUGGGACUUUUAAUAUAACCAGUAAAUUAUGGCUUCAACCAUCUUCACAAGAUGAUGGGGAUAUCUACAGCUGUAUUGUGGAUCACAAAUCAUUUCUCACAAAUCAAAUGUUCAAUGCCACCUUGACAAUAACAGAUCCUCCACAAAAUUUAAGUUGGAUAGCUGGACUGUUUUUCAUGUUGAUUGCAAUUGGUGGUUUUGCUGCAUUUGUGUACUAUUGGUGGUUUAUGAAAAUUAAACCAACAAUCCUGGCAUUUGUUGGAAAUACAGAACUGAAGCAUAUGGAGAAAUCAGAAUUUCUGUGCUUGAUUUCUGGUUUUCGUCCAAAGCCAUUAGAUGUAACUUUUUUCAUCACUCCAUCUAACAACGAAAAACAGAAAAUUUUCUCCUGGAAUACCAAAGCAAGCAAUAGUGACAGCAAAGAUGAAGAGUGCCCUCUCCUCACAAAGCAUGAGGCUAUUAAAAUUGAUGCAACUUGGGAAGAAAAAAAACGCAAGAUUUUUCAUGUUUCCUGUAAAAUAUGUAUAACUCCAGAUGUAAAACUGCUGGGAGAAUUUGAGCUUUCCCUUGAAGUCAGUCAUGGAACCCUUCCACAUGGUUUCCUUGUAGAAACAGCAUCCUUUAAAGUCAUAGCACUUCCACUGUUGGAUCCAAUCUGGUGCUCCACUGAUAUGCCAACAGCAAAUGAGUCUAUGACUCUUAAUUGUAAAAUUCAUUCUUAUUUUCCCCAAACAAUUGAUGUGUUUUGGAAUAUAGAUGAUGAACAACUUCCAGAGAAGCCCAUUUUAAGUAAACCAGUGAAAGCAACAGAUGGGCUUUUUUUCUGCACUAGCACUAUAAAGUAUCUCCCCAAAGCAGUAGAUUCUGGAAAGAAAUUCUUGUGCAAAGCUAACCUCAGUGGCUCACUUCAGUGCAGACAAUCUGUUUGGGAAAUGAAAACUGUGGUGCAUACUCCAAAAGUCUCUGAAAUUGAUUGUGAGCCCUCUGAGCCAGAGUGUGGGAAAGCUAUUACUUUGUCUUGUUCAGUGAAAGAUUUCAACCCACCUACGUGUAAGAUCUGUUGGAGAAGAGGCUUUGAAAAACUCACUCAUGCUCAAAUUUAUACAAAAGAGCCAUAUCAGGAUGCAACAUCAAACCUGUAUUGCAUGGAAAGCCAAGCAUCAUUUAUACCAAAGCCAGAAGACCAUUUGAUAGAGUUUGUGGUUGAAAUUGACCAUUGCAACAAAACUACAAGAAACAUAUUCAGACUUAUGUUAAAAGGUUUCCCCAAGGUUUCAGAUAUCACUGUUGAUCCAAAUGAUGUUGAGUAUGGGAUUCCUUUGUCUCUCACCUGUAGAGUCCUGGAUUUCUAUCCCAAAGGCAGUGAUAUCCAUUGGUAUAGUGGUGAUGAUUUAGUAAGGAAAGAUAAGCCAGUAAAGGACCAAAAGGAUCUGUUAUCGAAGUUGCAGCUGGAACCUACAGCUUUAGAUUAUGAUAAAACAAUUUAUUUCAAAGUAAUACUCAAGAAAUCGACAAACCCCAUUACAAAAAGUGUACAUUUAAAACUCCCAGCUAAAUCUCCUGUUGUGUCUGAAAUAAAAGAAAUAUCAGAGCAAGCUGGGAAGGUCAGCCUUGAAAUUUCCAUAACAAAUUUUGCACCACGUCAUAUACGAGUGGUAUGGUACAAAGACUGGAAAAAAUUAUCUGAUGUGAGUGAUCCCAGCGACAUUUGCAUUGAAGAAAAUAAGCUAUGUUCUUUUACUAGCAAAAUAAAAAUCAAUAGAAAUGAAACAAACAUUGAGAAGAAAAUCAGAUGUGAAGUGUACCACCCCAAAACAAAUUCAUUUCAAGAAAAAAGCUUUGUGCUGAAAAGCAAAGAUUUAUCUGGCAAUCUUGAACAAAUUCCCAUAUCACCUUUGGCCCAUAACCAUAUAGACACUGCGAAAACCUAUAGCAUCGACAGUAAGGAAGUCCUUAAACCACUGAAGAUAGACUGUCUCACCAAUAGCCCGAAGUCAGGUGAGAAUGUGACACUUUGCUGUUUAGUACAUGGAAAAAGAGCAGAUGAAGCCCAUGUUUCCUGGUAUAAGGGGCUAUUACCAGUAACAAUUUUUGAUGGAAAAGUAACAAACACCAGUGACGAAUCUGGUUUCAUUUCUCAUAUGACUAUUAAAACUGAAGCAGAAGAGCAGAAAUGUGAGAUCAGAUGUGAAGUUUCUGUGGAUGCUGAGAACUGGGAAGAAACAUAUAUUUUGGAACUCAGAUAGCACAAUAUCACAAGAAGAUAAUGACCACUUACAACCCAAAUUCAAUGCAUGGUUAUUUUGUACAGUUCAUGUCAAUUUACAAGAGAUGUGGGUCCAACAGACUACUACAGAGGGCUGCUUCCAUAUGAAGGCAAUUGUCUAUGAAGCUGUACUUUCUACCAUGAAUCAACAUUCAUUCACAUUCACAACAUUCACACUGGCAACAAAGGAUUCACAUGGAAGUUUCCCCCACACUUACCUUAUGUUUUAUAUGUCCUUGUAUUCCUUUAUAAAAUAUUCUGUAUAUUAACGUCUUUAGCCACUAACAAUAAAUAAAUUAUGAUGAAUAAUUAAAUAAGCAGCAAAGAAAAAAAAACACUGCCACAAGAGAGAAAAAAAUGAGUUAAUUUAUUGAAGAUCAACACAACCUAUAUUUAGGCUUUUUUUUUUUACCAUAUUAAGCCUGUGAUUGAUAUUGGGUUAAUAAUCAACGACAGCACAUUCUAUUUUGGGAAAUUUUGAAUUAUGAGAGAAUUACAGGAUGAAUGGGUGUGGUUUUCAAAAAUAUCUUACAGUGAAUGAACAGAAAUAUGAUAUCUGAACAUUUUAUGAAUACUUUCAAGAGCAGAACCUCCUCAAUUCUCAGAAGUGGCAAUAUAGGGGAACUAUGCCUUUUUGAAAUCUUAUAAUUAAAGCAGGAUCUUCUGCUCCAAAAUUUACUAUCCUAUACAGGGGAGAAGUUCAUACGAUAAAAUGGAACAAAGAUUUUAUGUUAUAUUUAUACAAGGACCACAUUUUUAAAUUAUAAGGAAAAAUAUUGUUAAGUAGCUUCUUAGCGGAAGUAUUGAAGCCCAUAAGUACUUAACAUUUAAAAUUCCUAAAAUGUGUAAGACCAAUGUUGUACAUUUAAUAAACUGAAGUAUUUUUGAAUAGUAAAAAGGAUCCAU